GCGCGACGUCAUAUUCGCCGCCCAAGAGCGCCGAUGAAGGUCGCCAACGCCUCCUACUGAGGAGGCGAUUAGCCCAAGGCCUUACGUUUCGUUUUACUGUUUAUGCCUCCGCCCGCCCUCCUUUACCGAAGGAGCCCCUCCUCCCAGCCGCCGACCAAUGGGAACAGGCGUUGCUUGGGAAAGCGCGCAGCUGCGCCGGGUGGCGCCACAAUGAGCAAAAUGGCGGCGCCGACGGCAACGUUGCCGCCUCAGCUCGCGGAUCCUUUGCAUACAAUACAAUUAAAGACAAGCUGCCAGUAAUCCUGAAUAGAGUUAUCAAUAAUCUGGAGCAACAUAAAAAUGAAUUCUUUGAAGAACAUGGUGAAAAAGGUAUUGAAGCACAGAGGAAAGUUAUAGUCCUUCUGACCAAGUUACGAGAUGAGCUGCAGGCAGACAAGCCACUGACUGCCUUGAAUGAUAGCCUCCCUGACACCACUCUGUGGAACCAGUGCUUAGAAUAUCAUCAAAAAUUAUCAGAUGGACCACCAAGCUGGUUUCAGUCUCCUUGGCUAUAUACAGAGUGUUAUAUGUAUCGUAGAAUUCAUGAGGCACUUGCUCAGAAUCCACUCAUCAGUGACUAUGAUGUAUUUAAAAAAGAAAAGGAUCGUGGUUUCUUUGAAUCUCAGGAAGCUAUUAUUGUUUUAAGCACCUACCUACAAGAGCUGUUGAAAAACAUAAAGGGCCUAGAUGAAAAAUCCCUGAAGGAGGAAUUUUUGAAGCUGCUACAGGGAGCUCAUAAUUAUUUUCUGUCGGAUGUUCCUGUUACUCGAGAGCAGCUGUGUCACUAUCGGAAUGCAGCAGAAACAGCUCGUAGUGAGCUAGCAGCACUCCUGGUGAAGUAUGAAUGUUCCCAGGCAGAGCUUCAAGAUCUUAAAUCCAAAAUAGCCUCUAAAGAAGUAUCUGUUCAGGAACUGAAGGCUGAUGUUGAAAGCUAUAAGGAGAAUGAUGCCAGGCAAUCUUCUCUACUCCUCUCCAUGCAAAGCAGACUCCAGGAGAUUGAGAAGGAAUCUGGAACAAUUGCCUUUUCUAAAAAACAAACAGACCUGAAAGCACAGGCCAUUCUCCAGGAGAAUUUGGAACUGAAAGAGAAAACCAAUGAACUGGAAAGUCAAGUCAGAACCUAUUUGAAUGAGUCCAACGAGAGCAAGACCCAAGCCUCUAAGGCCAGCAGGGUGCAUAAUGAAUUCAUUGCACACCUUUGUCAUUUCUUUGACAUGAGCAUAGUAGAGAAAGAAGAGCCCCGGGAAAUGCUGCUCUCAAAGAUCAGUGACAUGCAUGAAGAAAAUAAAGUACUAAAAAGACAGAUUGCCACACUCCAAGAGACCACGAAUGUUCAUGACAUGGAGUCAAAAGCAAAUAGAGAAACCAUCAUGAGGCUCGUCUCAGAACUGAGCAAAGAGCAGAGGCAGGCAGCAUCCUGCUGUCAAGACAUGGAAAAGUUAAGUAAUGAUCUGAGCAGCACUACGGCAGCUAAGCAGAGCCUUGAGAGGGAGAUCAGAACCCUCCAAGAGAGACUGGCUGCAAGUCAAAGGGCUUGGGAAGUCUCACAGGAGGAAAUGAGCCACCUAAAGAAAUGUUGCCAUGAGAAAGAAGAGAACCUGAAAACAAGCGUGGAAGAGGUCAGGGCUGAAAAGAGUCUGCAUGAUGCAUUUAAAGAGCAAAUCAUCACCCUGCUUGGAAGCAGCUGUUUUAUAGCCAGUCGAUCUGAGGAGGACAUUGUAGAAAAAAUUCGAGAAAUGAUCCGCAUGGAGGAGAGCAAAAAAACAAUGGUAUCCCAGCUUGAAAACCAAAUAGCUAAACUGACUGAGGCACUGGAGACUCAGGCUGUAUCACACCAGGAAGUUUUGCAGAGGACCAAAAAAGCAGAAAACAAAUCUGAGACACUUCACAAUCAAUUGAUGUGUCUGGAAGCGGAGCUGGUAUCUGGGGACGUGAUACGAGAUGCUUUGAAGCUCGAGAAACAAAAAUAUUUUAAAUUCCUGGAUCAACUUUCUGAAAAGAUGAAUCUUGACAGAAUGGCUGCAGACAUUGGAUUUGAUAUGAGGUUGGAUGCAGUAUUGGCUCGAGUAGACCAAUUGAUCAAACUGGAAGGAGACACAUUAACUGAGAAUAAGAUCAUGGCUCGCAAUCUACAAAGAAAGUUGAGAACUCAAAAAGAGCAGCUUGACAGCAAAGAGCUACACAUGAAACUUUUGCGUCAGAAGAUAGCACAGCUAGAAGAAGAGAAGCAAGUGCGCACAGCGCUGGCUGUGGAAAGAGAUGAUGCCAACCUGAUGGUUAGAAAGCUACAAAAAAAGGUGGACAGAUUACAGAAUGAACUUGUCUUAGCAAGAGAAACAAACACAGACCUGAAAGCUAAACUGGCUGACACCAAUGAACUGAAGAUCAGGACACUGGAGCAGGACAGAACCAUAGAAGAUCUAAGCAAGUCCCAAGAGAAACUGGAAAGGAUGAAGGCAAAGGCUGAGAAGCAGCUGACCUCUGUCAAAUCAGAGUUGCAUGAUGUAGAGCGUGAAGCAAAGGACGAUAAAGAGAAGGCCAGAAGCAGACUGGAAUCUGUUACCAGUGAACUGGGAACACUUAAAUCUACUCUACAGGCAGUGAUGAAAAGAGAGAAACAGCUGGCGGACUUCAGAGAAGUCGUCUCCCGAAUGCUGGGUCUCAAUAUUGCCACCAUUGCUCUUCCCGACUAUGAAAUAAUUACUCGUCUAGAGGGGCUGAUCCAUUCCCAUCCGCAUCACUUUGUUCCCUGUGUCUGCUUCAAAGAUAUGUCGGUGAGGAAAGAUGGGUCAUUGCAGCUUCUCCACUGAACACGUUCCCUUUGCAACAGUAACGAGGACUGAGUAGAAUUCCUGCCCUGGUGGUCCUUUUCUCUUUGCUAGUAUAAAUGUUCCAGGAUUUGACACAGAAUGUUGGUGAUAAAAUUAUAGAGGGCCUACAGUGAGAGUGCUUUAAAAAAAAAAUGUAAAUGUCUGUAAUAGGUUUCAGAAGAUCAAUACCCAUGAUG